CUCACAUUCGCGAAAUCCAUCACAAUGCCUUUCACUUCCAGCGAUAUCUGCAAGAUCAUUCUUGCCAUCAUCCUCCCUCCCCUCGGAGUCUUCCUCGAGCGCGGCUGCGGGGCUGACCUGUUGAUCAACAUCCUCCUCACGAUCCUUGGUUACUUCCCGGGUAUCAUUCACGCGCUGUAUAUCAUUCUCAAGUACUAG